AUGAAACACAUUAUAUUUCUUUCAAUCGUGUUAUGUUUUUGUGAUAAUGUAAUGUAUAAUAAUUAUGUAGAGCGAAUGUUAUUUGAAUUGCCAAAUAAUAUCACGGAUGAUUUAAAUUCUGACCCUAUAGUUGAAUACAAAAUUAAAGAAAAAAAAAAUGAUAAUAUAGACAUAAAUAAAGAUGUAAGACAUUGGGAUAUUGAGAUAAAUGAGCACAAAGAUGAUCCAAAUAUCCAAAGAAAUAUCGAGUGGCAUGACAAUAAUGAUGGCAAUGGAAAUAAUAGUGGAAAUAAUAGUGGCAAUAAUAAUGGCAAUAAUAGUGGCAAUAAUAAUGACGAUAAUAAUGACAAUGACUAUGGAAAUGACAAAAACUGGGAAUAUAACUCCAAUUAUAAUGACGAAGAAUUUGAAAGACAAAAUGAAAAUGAAAGGGAUGAAUUUUCUCUAAAAAAUGAGGUGGAAAAAAAUUCAGAAGAAAGAAAGGAAAGAGCAUUUGAUGAAUCCAAUGAAUAUGCGGAUUUCGAAAAUAUGAACGAUCUCGAAAAUAUGAACAAUAUCGAAAAAGAAAAAAAAAAAUACUUUGAGGAUAUGCAGUCGAAAUACGUGGAGGAUAAUACAAGUGACGGCAAUAAAGAAUACAUGGGUGAAAUGAAAAAUCAGCAAAAUGAAUAUGAACAAAAUGAGCAUCAGAAAAAUGAAUAUGAACAAAAUGAGCAUCAACAAAAUGAAUAUGAACAAAAUGAGCAUCAACAAAAUGAAUAUGAACAAAAUGAGCAUCAACAAAAUGAAUAUGAACAAAAUGAGCAUCAACAAAAUGAAUAUGAACAAAACGAACAUCAGCAAUAUGAACAAAAUGAACAAAACGAAGAAGGUAAUAUAAAAAAUGGCAUGAUUCAAAAUAAUGAGAAUUUAUCAUUUAAUUAUGCUAAGCAUGGAAUGGAUUGGAAUGUAGGAAUAUGCAAAAAUGGAAAAUACCAAUCUCCUGUAGAUUUACAUAUGCAUACAUUAAAAGAAAGAGAAUUAAAAAACUUAUCCGAUUUUUAUUUAAAUGCAUUUUAUGAUAAUGAUGAAUAUUCAUGGAAUAAUUUUAAUAGACCAUGGUUUAAAGGUGAUAUAUUUUAUUAUUAUGAAAAUUUAAUAAAUAAAAUUAUUAUAAAUAGACAAAAUAAUAUGUUUAAAAUAAAAGCAUCUAAUAAUGAAAUAAUUCCUUUUGGUGUUUUAUUUACAACUGAUGAACCAACAAUAUUUUAUUCACAUCAUAUUAAUUUUCAUUCCCCUAGUGAACAUACAUUUGAAGGAUCUGGAAAUAGGAGACAUAUAGAAAUGCAAAUUUAUCACAGUACAAAUGAGAUUUAUGAUUAUGAUGAAAAUAAAUGGAAUGGAGUUUUUGAAAAAAAAAAUUAUAAAAAAAAAAAUAAUGAAACAAAUAUUCAACAUUCAUAUAUUUUAACAUUCUUAAUGAAUAGCUUAUCAAAUCCUCAUUUAGGUCAACAAUAUACAAAAAAUAAAAAAAGGAACAAACGAAGUAAAUCAUUAUAUAAUAGUAUUAGAUUGGAUGAAAAUGGUAAAAAUACAAAAAGAGAAAAUCAAUAUCAGGUUAUUUCCAUUACUUUUUCAAGUGCUGAAAUUGAUAAAUCUACAAUUAAUAAUUUUAAAAAACUUCCUUCGGAAAAAUUUUUAAAAACUAUUUUAGAGGCGUCUCAAAAUGUUCCUGUUGGUUCAGACCCCAAAUUAGUGAAUCUGAAGAAACCCCUAAAUUUAAAUUCAUUACUAAUGAUGUUAAAUAUGAAAAGUAUGGAAUUUUUUGCAUAUCAUGGGUCUUCAACCUCACCUGAUUGCAAUGAAAAUGUUCAUUGGAAAGUUGCCAAAAAAUCAUUACCCAUAUCAACAGAAACCAUGUUGAAAUUUUACAAUAUGUUAAAAAAAACAACACCAGAUUAUAAUGCUAGUGAUAAUGAUAAUUUUAGAGCUUUACAAAAUGUUCAAGGCAAUAUACAUAAUUAUGGUAGAGUAUAUUUAAUACAAGGUUUUCCAGUUCAACUGUUAAUUUCAUCUGCCUUAACUACCAGUGAAGAUAAAAAUGUGAUUGAAAAUAUAAAACUGGCUUAUUCUAAAUCAAGUGGAAAUUAUAUUUAUUUCAAUUUGAUUUUCUUACUAUUAAUUUUUAUGUUUUUACAAAAUUAUUAA